GUUAUACAGAACCAUAUUACACUAAAGCCGCAUAAGAAACAAAAAUGCUUUCGCGCGCAGCUUCAUCUCUAGGCUUCGCUUGGACGCGUGCCGCUGCGGCUUAUAGCCUGCCUUCAACUUCCUAUGCUUUCUCAUCCGCUAGUUCAGGCCAGCAAGAUGAAGGAAUUUCCGAAGAGCGUCGGCGAGGGAUAGUCAACAAGCUGCUUUAUCGUAGCAAGCAGCGAGGGUUCCUUGAGCUGGACCUGCUUAUGGGUCUGUGGGCGGAGACGAACAUUCCGAAGAUGAGCAUGGAGCAGCUGAAGGACAUGUCACGCGUGCUGGACGAGGAGAACCCCGACCUAUUCAAGUGGCUGACGGGGCAGCUGCAGCCGCCAGAGCACCUGACCCAGAACCCCGUCUUCGAGGCGCUCCGAGGCCAUGUGGCGCAGCAGCUGCUGGAGUCCUCACCCGCGGCGGCGCGCGCGGCUGCGGGGCGUGACUGGGUGCGCGGCUGGGACGACAGCUGGAGGGGAGCUAACACCCAGAAGCAACCGGAGAGCAAGCAGCAGUAAGGAAACACCUUACACGGAGCGCUUUCAUCUAUGUACUGAGCGGUUGAGAGAGGAGAGCAGCGUACGGAAGCCCGGAUUGCCGCAUCGCAUGCAUUUCAUGCUGGGUGGCGGAUGAAUAUUUGCGUCUGGCACUUCUGUGGGGUGAUUGUUGUUGUUUACCGGCUUGGUAUUCGGCGAGAAACAAUCGACCGUUUGAUGUCACUGACACAGUUGGAAGAUGUUCUUACGUCGCGAACUUGUUCCACGCUGUAACCACACUGCACAA